UUAAUAAUUGAGUGAAUGAGACAGCACUACCAGUAUGCUAAUUCCUCAUUAAAUGGAAAAUAAAGUCACUAGGAACUUUAAUAUGAACAGAAAUAUACUAUAGUUUCUUCAGAAGGUUUGACCAUAUAGAGGGAUUAAUCAUAAUAAACACUUUAUCUUGCGUGGGGGGUUUAUGAAUAAUUUGUUCCACCUGGCCGUCACCUGAUGCCACACAGAGAGCAAAGCACAAGCAGACACGCAUGGGAUAGAGUCUCUUUGAUAGGCGCUGUUUCUGGCUGAACAUUCCACACUCAUCAGACAUUAGGUAGAGAUAUUGACUUUGGGAUGAAUUUCAUAGAUAUCAGUGUAGAUUUGUGGAUAAGAUGCUCGGGGAAUUACUCUUUGCUGCAGCCUGUGUGGGAUAACCUGAGGCUCAACUACACAGACUACAUGAGAUCUCCACUCUUCCCCAUCAUUCUGACCGUGUCCUCCUACUUUGUUCUGUGCCUACCUUUUCUUGCUUGUGAUGUCAUGGGGGACAGGUGGGCAUGGGUCCAACAGUUCAAGAUCCAACCCAGCCGACGGCCAACAGCAGCCACGGUUCUGCACUGUUCAGGUGUUACUUUGUACAACCAUGUGUUCCUUGUGCUCCCAGCAUCAGUGGCCCAGUGGGCAUGGAGGCCACCUGUCGACCUUCCAGUCCAGGCUCCACUCCUGAUGGAGUUGAUCGCUGGAGUGAUAGGCAACCUCCUGCUCUUUGACUUCCAAUACUUCAUCUGGCACCUGCUCCAUCACAGGAUCCGCUGGCUCUAUGUCACUUUCCAUGCCAUCCAUCAUAAUUAUUCCGCUCCCUUUGCUCUUGCCACGCAGUGUCUCAGUGGCUGGGAGCUGGUCACUGUUGGGUUUUGGACGACCCUGAACCCUGUGAUGCUGCAAAGCCAUUUUCUCACUACGUGGGCCUUCAUGGUGCUGCAUGUCUAUGUUUCCAUAGAGGAUCACUGUGGCUAUGAUUUCCCCUGGUCAACAAACCGUCUGGUUCCGUUUGGCAUCUACGGAGGAUCCAGCGGCCACGAUAUGCACCAUCAGAAACCUAACACCAACUUUGCACCACAUUUCAGCCACUGGGACAAAAUAUUUGGCACACAUGCAGAUGUCAGUGCCUCCUCCAAUAGAAAAUAGAAAAUUAUACACUAAUGGAGACCUGCUUUUUUUCAUGUCUGUGUGUUCAUCGAAAUUUUUAUAAAGAGGGAGGAUUUAAAGGGCAAAAUGCUAUAUUUAUUUUCCUUUUCAUGUAAAUUGAGACAAUUUACUGUAACUUUAUUUGAAAAAUAACAUUGUUACAAGGUUAUCUGCAAAUCAGUUGAUAAAGUUUCAUAAAAUAACUGAUGCAUAAUCAAAAGUAAUACCUAAAAUGCCAGGUUCUUUACACUGAAAGUGAUCCUGACCUUUGACCUGUCCUUAGAUUACAUUCUCCUUCAUGGAAUUGUCAUGUGAUUGUGUUUUUGAUGCAGACAAAAAUAAACUUGAUCUUAAUUUUGUCGAUGGCAUUAUGUGUUAUACAUAUGCAUGCAUUACAAUAAAGCUUAUUAAAAACGGCAAUAAAGUCGA